UCCGUGCCUCUUUUUCCCGCGCGCCUUGAAGCCGAGCGGUGUUCGGUGCGUCUAGCAGCAGAUCCUCCGCAGAGCGGACGAACCGGGUCCACUGCCAGGUACCUGAGAGCCCCCCGCGGACCCAGCGAACCGACCCUCGUCCGGCACACACCAUGAUCCGUCACCGCGUCUCGGCAGCCGUGCGGGUGAAACACUGAGGAUUACUGGGACGAGCAGGAGACGACUGGACUGGUGUUCAUCAGACAAGCCGCGCUGUCGGACGCCCACGCCAGCAUGAUGACCACUAAGGGCCUGUCGGGCAGUCGUAGCCACCACCACGCCAUGACCUGUGACCCCUCCUACGACCCCAUGUCCCUUGAGGGGGCUUCGGCACACCGGCCAUACUUCCUGGGCGGGGAGCGGGACAGCCACCCGGCGGACCACCCCUACUACGCCCAGCGUGGCGCCGCCCCCGACCUGGCCAGCUGCACCUUCCCGCGGCGCUACGCCUCCCACCAGCAGCUGGUCCCGUACACAGGCCCCCCCGCCGCGCCCGCCCAAGGGGGCGGGGCUAAGUCCGGGGGCAUGUCCAAGUCCUGGGGGAACAACAACAACCACAGCCUCAUGCUGGAGGAGCAGUUUGACGGACAGGCGGCGACGCUACGGCGGCACGAGGGCUACCACACGCUGCAGUACCGGCGCUGCGCCGCAGGGGGGGGCGGGGCCGGCGGGGAGCACCCGCGCAGCGACUCCCCCGGGCGCAUCCGGCACCUGGUGCACUCGGUGCAGAAGCUGUUCGCCAAGUCCCACUCCCUGGAGGGGCCGGGGGGAGGGGCCGGCGGCAAGGGCGGCCCGGACGACCCCGGCUUCCUCCCGCCGUCCUCCUCCUCCUCCUCCUUCUCCGGCACCCUGAAGCAACACGGCCGCCGCAGCAAGAGCAAGGACCGCUCCCGCUCGGAGCCCAAGAUGCGCUCGGCCACGUCGGGCUACUGGAGCUCCGACGACACGCUGGACCGCGAGCUGUGCCUCUACCACCCCCCCCUCCCUCCCCCGGCGGGGGGCGGCGGCGGGGGUAGGCCCCACCCCUCGGGCGUCAUGACGAUGGGGCGCCACCCCGAGAGGUCUCAGUCCCAGCAGUUCUUCAUGGAGUCCUACAACACCAUCAGCGCCACCCACCACACGCUCAAGAUGUCCCGCAGCAACAACAAUGUCAAGUGCACCUCCUGCGCCGUGGGGGGCGGCGGGGGAGGAGGGGGGGGAGUGGUGGGGCUGGGGGGAGGAGGAGGAGGGGGAGGGGGGGCUGCCGACGGAGCCCUCCAGCAGAGGAAGAGCUCGUGGUCGUCCAGCCUGACGGUGAGCAGGGCCAAAGAGGUGUACCAGAAGGUGGACCUCGACAACGCCCUGGUACCGGCUCAGCAGGGCCGCACGUGUCACUUCCUGCAGGUCCCCCAGCAGGAGGACUGGAGCCCCUUCUCUCCUCUGGGCAAGGAGGAGGAGAUCCCGUGUCGCCGGAUGAGGAGCGGGAGCUACGUGCGGGCCAUGGGGGAGGAGGACAGCGGCGACUCAGAGGGCAGCCCCAAGGCCCUGCCCAAGGUCCAGGCCCGCCGCGCCAGCUACCUGAAGGCUACCCAGCCCUCGCUCACAGAGAUGGCCACGCUGCAGAUCUCGUCAGAACAUUCCCCCAAGCUCCAGAUCCGUAGCCAUAGUUACCUACGGGCGGUCAGCGAGGUGUCAAUCAACCGCAGCGUGGACGCCGUGGUCCCCGCCCACCUCCUCGCCUCGUCACCAAAGUUCCGUUCGCGUAACGAGAGCUACAUGAGAGCCAUGAGCACCAUCAGCCAGGUGAGUGAGGUGGAGGUGAACGGCCAGAUGGAGGCUGUGUGUGAGUCGGUGUUCAGUGAGUUGGAGUCCCAGGCCAUGCGGUCCCUGGAGCUGCCCGGGCAGGGCUGCUUCCGCAUGCGCAGCCACAGCUACGUCCGAGCCAUCGAGAAGGGGUGCACGCAGGAGGAGGAGGAGGCCGCUGCCGCCGCCGCCGCCGCCGCCGCCGCAGCAGGAGGAGGAGGGGGAGGAGCAGGGAGGAGUAGCAUCCCUCCUCCAAGGACCACCACCACUGUCCGCACCAUCCAGAGCAGCACAGUGUCGUCAUGCAUCACCACCUACAAGAAGACCCCUCCCCCGGUGCCCCCGCGCACAACCCCCUCCAAGCCUUUCAUCUCCAUCACGGCCCAGAGCAGCACGGAGUCGGCCCAGGACGCCUACCUGGAGGGGGGGUGCGGGGGCAUCAGCUCCGGGGGGGCGGGCCUGUCCAACUCCACCGAGAGCAUCGACAGCAUGAAGGCGCUGACCGCCGCCAUCGAGGCCGCCAACGCCCAGGUGCACGGCCCGCCAAGCCAGCACGUCACCAACAGCAUGGCGGUAGCCAACCGGGUCGCCGUGGCGACGGGGCCUGACAGCAGGGAGCAGCGGGAGGCGCUCAGGAAGUGCCUUUCCAUCGGCAUCCAGGUGGAUCCUGACGAAUCAGAGCCCAUCAAGGAGGAGGAGGAGGAGGAGGAGUCCAAGUUCCAGUCCAUCGGUAUCCAGGUGGAGGACGAGAGAGGUUACCGGAGGAUGACGCGCUCCAACAGCGUCACCGCGGCCGUGCAGGCGGACAUGGACGAGCCGGCCCCUCCCCCUUCCAUGCCCACCCCCCGCUGCUCCACCAUGCCGCGGGGCUGGUCCCGCGACGCCACCUCCACCACCUCCUCCACCUCCACGGUCAGCAUCCAGGGCUCGGGGAACCACUACCACGCCUGCAGCGGAGACGACUACAGCGACCCGGGCUUCGACCCCUCAAUCCUGCCGCCUCCCGACCCCUGGAUGGACGCCGGAUCAGGGGGGGAGGAGCUUGAGCUGGGGGGCGAGGGGAGGUCUCUGUGUCCACGGGACGGGCUCUGGUUCUUGAAGCUGCUCCGGGCGGAGACGGAGCGCAUGGAAGGGUGGUGUCACCAGAUGGAGAGUGAGGAGGUGGACCACCAGCUCCCUGAGGAGAUCCAGGGGAAGAUCCGCAGUGCUGUGGGCUCGGCUCAGCUCCUCAUGAACCAAAAGUUCCAGCAGUUCAGAGAACUCUGUGAGGAGAACCUGAACCCAGACACACGGCCGCGGCCGGUCUCCCAGGACCUGGCCGGGUUCUGGGAUAUGCUGCAGCUGUCCAUCGAGAACAUCAGCCUCAAGUUUGACGAGCUGCACCAGCUGAAGGCCAACCACUGGAAACCCCUGGAGCCUCCUCCCAUUAAGGAGAGGAAGAUGGCCCCUGUCGUGCCAAAGAAGCCCCAGAAGGGGCACCCUCCCCUGGCUAGAGACCGCUCGUUGGAGAGCUCUGAGCGCCAGCGGCUGGAGGCCCGCAAACGCCUGCUAGCCGCUAAGCGCGCCGCGUCCGUCCGCCAGAGCUCCGCCACGGAGAGCGCCGACAGCAUCGAGAUCUACAUCCCCGAGGCCCAGACCCGGCUAUGAGACGAUUACACACACAACAGCAUAGACACGCAUACACACACAUCAUCCGCAUACAGGCACAUACACACUCGCAUCAUCGACAUGCAGAUACACACAUGUAGAUAGAUACACACACACACAUACACUGGAUACACACAUACACAUAAAAGAAUACUGAACACACAGACUCACCAGUGCAGGUGUGUCUCCUAUAGCAAUACUUGGCAGGUGCUUUGAGCAAAGCGCAGGGGGUACCUCGGUUCCCAGGGUGGUGGUUGCGGCUACAGAACCAGGCCGCGACCAGAUCUGUAUUUGUUAUGGUUUAUUUAUUUGGAUUUAUUUAUGUAUUUAAUCUCCUCUACUCCACCCAGUUGGGAUGUAGCACCCCCCUCUCCCCCCACCAGACGCUACUAGUGACUUCUGUAUUCCUACGACCCUGUGACCCCAUCAGGUGACCCGCUAUUACAGAGCUAGCUGCUGGCCUCCAGCUAACAACACUAGCCUCAGAUAAACCCUGCUAGUACUGCGAGCAUUGCUAGACUUUGCUAGCCCCCUGCUAGUAGCACUAGCAACACUAGCCUCAAUUUACCCCUGCUAGUACUGCUAGCACAGCUUGCCUUUGCUAGGCCUCAUUAGUACCGUUAGCACCCUAGCCUCAGUUUGCCCCUGCUAGUAGCACUAGCACCGGUAGUCUGCUAGCACCGCAUGAUGCUCUGUAAAUACUGUGUUUAUUGUGCCGUUAAAUACAGCACAGCAGAGAAAGGUGUGUAUGUGUCUGUGUGUGUGUGUAUGUGUGUGUGUGUGUGUGUGUGGGGGGGGGGGGGGGGGG